AUGAAAAAAUUAAAGAUUCGUCAAUUUGGUAUUGGAACAAUAAUGAAAUAUCGUCCAGUUGUAUCAUCAGAUUCGAAAUAUAUAUUUACAAUUGGUGAUGGAUGUGUUUAUGUAUGGAUUGUUAAAACAGGAGAAUGUUUAAGAUUAAUUAAUCACAAUUCAAAUUCAAAUGAUCAACAAAUAAUUCUUGCUCAAUCAAUCAAUCCAAAUAAUCAACUUCAAUUAUGUGUUGCGCAACAAAACGGUAUUAUCAAUGUUUGGGAUUAUGAAGAUGGAAUUCUUAUUCAUACAAUAAAAGUUGAAUUUGAAAUAAUUGAUUUAUAUUCAAUCGUUAAUUCAGGUUUAUAUAUAUUUGGUAAAAAUGUUAAAAAUGUAUAUUCUCUUUAUCGAAUUGAAUCAAUUCGUCAUAAAUCUUCACCUAUUAUUUUAUUUGAUAAACUUCCAUGUUUACCAAAAUCAAUUUCAUUUGAUAAAAAAGGUGAAAUAUGUGUAUUUAUAAAUGUUGAUGGUAGAAUAAUAUAUAUAUUAAAUAUAUUAAAUAAUCAAAUAAAAAGUAUAGUAAUAAAAAAAAAAAAUUUAUCAUAUCAUGAUAAAAUAACAUGUGCACAAAUUCAUCCAAAUGAAGAAACUAUUGCAUUAGGAACACAAUCUGGUCGAAUUGCUCUUUGGUAUAAUUUUAUAAAUUCAACAAAUAAAGAACCAACAAUAUCAUAUUUACAUUGGCAUUCAUUACCUGUUAUUUGUUUAGCAUUUUCAUUUGAUGGUUCAUAUUUAUUAUCUGGUGGUAAUGAAUGUGUACUUGUUAAAUGGCUUUAUCGAAAAAGUGAACCAACAUUUCGACCACGACUUGGUGCACCAAUAAUUCAUCUUAGUUCAUCAAAUGAUCAAACAUUUUAUGUAUCUACUCAUUCAGAUAAUUGUCUUCAUAUAAUUGGAAGUAAUUUAUCAAUUGAACAAACAAUCGGUGGAAUUAAUCAUAUAUUUCUUCCUCAACAAGCUUCUUUACCAGCUGGUAUUCAUAGAUUUAUGCGUCAAGAAUCAAUUGUUAUGAAUAGUGGAAAACCUGGUUAUCUUCAAUUUAUGUCAAUUAAUAAUGGAAAAUUAAUUUAUUAUUUAGAUAUUGUUCAAGAAAAUUAUGUUUCACCAAACGAUAUAAAUGAUCAAUGUCUUUUUACAGAUAUUAAACGUUUAGCUAUUGAUCCAACAGAUAAAUGGUUAGUUACUUUUGAAGAACGUUCAUCAAAUUCAAAUAAAGAUGAUUAUCUUAAUGAAAGAAAACUUAGAUUUUGGAUAUUUAAUCAAACAAAUAAUCAAUUUGAAUUAAAUACAACAAUUAUGUAUCCACAUGGACAAGAUACAUUAAAUCAAAUAUUAUUUCAUCCAAAUAAACUUGAAUUAGCAACAACUGGAAAUGAUGGAUUUAUUAAAAUUUGGAUUUUUAUUCCAUCAAAUACAAAUAAAAGUGUAUCUCAUUGGCGUUGUUUAUCUGGUUAUACAAAUCGUUCAUAUUCAAGUUCAGCAUUAUGUUAUUAUAAAUUAUCUCAAUCCAAUGAAAUAAAUUUAUGUUGUUCAUUUGAACAUUUAGUUAGUAAUUGGAUUGAUAAAACAAAUGAUUUAAAUGAAGAAUCUCAUUAUGAAUAUUCACGUUGUUUUGCUCAUUUUGAUCGAAAUAAUAAAGUUGAAUUUAUUAUAUUUAAUUGUGAUCAAAUUCUUGUUUGUCAUAAAACCUUAGUUAAUUUAUGGAAUUGUUUAAAUGGAGAAUUUAUUAAAUCAUUUCCAUGGGAUGUUCAUGCUUUUGCUCAAGAUCCAAGAUCAUCUUUUGUUGCUUUAUUUCAUAAAAGUUUUCUUCAUUUUUAUUCAUUUUCUGAUGGAAAAUGUCAUUCACGUAAAAGUUCAUUAUUUCGACAUGUGACAGCAGCUACAUAUAUACCAAAGAUAAAAUCAUCUUCAUUUAUUCCUUUUCUACAUUCUCAAUUGAUUUUUUAUACUCCACAACAGGGUUUAAAAACCUUUGUUGAUGAUGAUGAUGAUGAUGAUAAAUAUUUAAUUCCAAUAAAUGGAAAAUUAGAAGUACCAAAUGAAGAAAGAACUAAUUUAGCAAAUAUAAUUGGUCAAUCUCAACAUGAUUUUGAGAAAAAUUUUGUUAGUAAACAAAAAUCUUUUGAUGAUUUAACAAAAUUAAAUAAAAGAAUAAAUUAUUUUAAUGAACAAUUAUUAACAACACCAGCUUAUCUUUUUCCAUCAAUUGAUAAUUAUUGUAUUGAUACAUUAAAAAGAAUGCUUUUACCAAUUGACAAUGAUAAUAAUAAAGAAAUUCAUUCAAAUGAUGAUAAACAAAAUGAUAAUUUAUCAACAAUGUCAAUUGAUUCUGAAUAA